GCGCUGCCUCGUCCCGCUUCCGGCCGGUCUUCGUUCCGCUUCCGGUCCGACGCUGGCGUCAUUGCUGAGGGUCACAUUGAGCUUCCAGGGACUUCAGGAGCAUCUUUAGGAGUCAGCACUAUGGCAGAGGACAUCAAGACCAAAAUCAAGAACUACCAGACUGCUCCUUUUGACAGCCGCUUCCCCAACCAGAACCAGACGAGGAACUGCUGGCAGAACUACCUGGACUUCCACCGCUGUGAGAAGGCAAUGACUGCUAAAGGGGGUGACGUCUCCGUGUGUGAAUGGUACCGGCGUGUGUACAAAUCCCUCUGCCCCAUAUCCUGGGUGUCAGCCUGGGACGACCGCCGGGCAGAAGGCACGUUUCCUGGGAAGAUCUGAACUGGCUCCACCCCACCUUCUCUGUCCUCCGUCCUUCUCCCCAGGGUGGUGAAGGGAGACCUGGGUACAUAGUGAUCCCCACCCUGGGGUCCUGAAUCAUGGCUUAACUAAUAAUAAAUACUCGUUGGAAGAGUGUAA